AUGUCUCACGACUAUCAAAGUUUAUUAGAAGUUUUUCAACAUCAAGUGUCAACUAGGCCAAAAGGAAAUGCUCUUUUGGCCCCAAAUGGUACAAAAUAUGAUGAAAUUAAUUUUCAAGACUUGGAUAUUAUUAUAAAUAAAUAUGCUAAUUAUUGGAAUAAGCAAUUGGUGAAUGAAAAUUUGGACAAAAAUGACGUAAUUGGUUAUUUAGCACAAAGUGGUCCUGAAUAUUUGUUUAACGUUAUGGCCUUAUGGAAAUUAGGUUUCCAAAUCUUAUUCCUUAGUCCUCGAAAUUCCGAAUCUGCUUUGAUUCAUUUACUUCAAGAAGUUAAAUCAAGUAUUCUUAUUUACGAUCCUCAAUUUUCAAAGAUUUCAGAGAUUGUGCAAAAUAAAAUCAAUUCUCAACAUCUACAAUCGUUCAAAAUUUUUCAACUUCCUAAAAAUUUAAAAGAUGAAAAAAUUGACGAUUUCACCCCUGUUCUAAAGUUAGAUGAAAAUACUUAUGAAAAAACUAUUGCUAUUUUUCAUAGUUCUGGUUCAACCUCAUUUCCUAAAUUAGUUCCUCUCACUAAUCGUUAUUUUUUAGAUGCAACAAAAGCAAAUAUGCAUGAAAUUAUUUUAUUAAUCCCUCCAUUAUUUCAUGUUUAUGGGUUCAUUCUUGCAUUAAAAUCUAUUUUAAGUCCUGAUUCCGUAUGCGCAUUUCCAAUUGUUGCGGGUUCAAUUCCUUUAGCUAAUGAAAUUUUAUAUAGCUUAAAACAAUCUAAUGCUAAAAUUCUUUACACUUUACCUGCUACUAUUGAACAAAUUUAUAACAAUUAUCCAGGGGAAAUUAAAACAUUAUUAAAUUUAAAAUCCAUAAUAUAUGGUGGUGCUACAUUAUUGCCUCAAGUAGGUGAACAACUUGUUAAGUCUGGCGUCAAAAUUCAAAAUUCUUAUGGUACGUCCGAAACAGGUUCUCCUCUUAUGAUAACUCCCGAAAAUUUACCACGUGGGAUUCCAUGGAACGCAUUAAAAUUAAUAAUUCCCGAAAGUAAUAUAAAAUGGAUAGAAAGAAAUGAUAUUCUUGAUGGAGCAAAAGAAUUAGUUGUAAAAAAAGGUUCACCAAUUCUUGCAAAUAUUGAAGGAAAUACUGAUAAUGGUGAUUACAGAAUAAGCGAUCUUUUUCUUGAAACUCAAAAAGGUUCCGGCUAUUAUCUUUUACUCGGUAGAGUUGAUGACAUACUUAUUCAUACCACUGGUGAAAAAACAAAUCCACUACCUAUUGAAGAAACAAUUCGUCUUAAUCAAUAUGUUAAACAUGCAGUUGUCGUUGGACACAAUAGACCAUUUAAUUGUCUUUUAAUUGAACUUAAUUUUGAUCAUUUAAAAAAUGCUCCUUUCUUGGAAAUUACAAAAAGUAUCUUUGAUUCAGUUCAUCAAGCUAAUAUAGAUUGCCCAUCACAUUCUCGAAUUUUUGACGAAAUGAUUUAUAUCUUAUCUCUUGAAGGAAAAUCAUUACCUAAAACCGUAAAAAAUAAUAUUCAACGUAAAAAGGUUGAAAUAGAAUUUAAAGAAGAAAUAGAAAUGCUUUAUGACAAUUUUAUAAAUAGAAAAGUUAUUUUGAAUAAGAAAUCUUUCUCUGAUGAUCAAUGGAAUGAAGAUUCUGUGAAAUCUACCAUAUUAAAUUCUCUUAAAUUAGCCAUUGGGGAUUCAUUUUUAAAAGUUUCUGAAUAUGAAACUUCACUCUUUGCUUUAGGUCUAGAUUCUUUAUCUGCAACUAAGUUACGUGCUAUACUACAAAAUAAAUUUUUAUUUAUCAACCUUCCUUAUGAUGUAAUUUUUGAACAUAAUACUGUUCAAAGUCUUUCACAUUAUUUGAUGAAAGAAUUAUCAAAGAUCAAUGAUUCACAAAAUCAAUAUGCUACAGAUGAUUAUGAAGAAAGAUUACAGGCUCUUAGGGACGAAGUGAACUCAUAUAUUAACAAGUAUAGUAAAAUUGAUA